AUGGCUACAAUCAAUAUCUACUGCUACGUCGUUUUCAUUCUUCUCAGCAUAACAGUUCGAAUCAAAUCUCAGAUAUGUGAGAAAACACCACAAUAUGGUGAAUGUUCCACAAAUAGUGCAUGUGGAUGUUUUCAUAUGGUAGGUACUCAUGAUGAUACGGGCGUCUGUGGUUUUCUUUGGCCAAUAUGCUCCCGUCUUUUACGAUGCAAUUCCUCAGACAAUUCAUGCCUUCAGCCGAACACGAUCUGUGUUCACCAUCCUCAGUGCGAUGAUUUUCCACUUUGUUACCCAGUUACAAUGGCUGAUCAGAACAUGUGUCCACCAAUGAAAAAUAAGAUCAAUCUUAAAUGGAAACAAAAUGCCAUCACUGUGGCUGGCGGAAAUGGAUUAGGACAACAACUAAAUCAAAUCGGUCACCCUUAUGGAAUUUUUAUCGAUGAAAAGAAAAAUAUUUUCAUUGCUGAGUUUUGGAAUGAUCGUAUUGUUGAAUGGAAACACAAUGCAACGGAAGGACAAAUAAUUGCAGGUGGCAAUAGCAGUGGAAAUCGAAUGGAUCAAUUGAAUCAACCAACAGAUGUGAUUGUUGAUCAACAAAGUCAUUCGAUCAUCAUUGCUGAUUGGGGGAACAGACGAGUGAUUCAAUGGUCGAAUCAAAAGCAAGAAACUCUCAUUCAGAAUAUUGACUGCUAUGGCUUGGCAAUGGAUAAAAAUGGACUCCUUUAUGUUUCUCUUUAUAGGAAGAAUGAAGUGAGACGAUGGAAAUUGGGAGAAUACGAUGACGAAGGAAUUGUAGUAGCAGGUGGAAAUGGGGAAGGAGAUCAACUUAAUCAACUUAAUUUUCCUACUUUUAUGUUUGUUGAUGAAGAUCAAUCUGUUUAUGUGUCAGAUACAAGCAAUGGUCGUGUGAUGAAGUGGAGAAAAGAUGCAAAAGAAGGAAUUGUUGUUGCUGGAGGAAAUGGUCAGGGAGGAGAUCUCAAUCAAUUUUUUUAUCCUGAAGGAGUAAUUGUUGAUGAUUUGGGUCAAAUCUAUGUGGCAGAUAUGGAUAAUCAUCGAAUAAUGCGUUGGUGUGAAGGAAAAGAAGAAGGUGAAAUUGUUGUUGGUGGAAAUGGUCAAGGAAAUCAAUCAAAUCAAUUGAGUCAUCCCACAGGUUUAUCAUUUGAUGAUGAAGGAAGUCUUUAUAUUGCUGAUGCUGCGAAUAAUCGAAUUCAAAAAUUUGAAAUAAUUUUGUGA